AUGGGCAGUUUAGCUUAUUUGGGGGCCCUUACACGACCCCUGGCUCGAGAAAUUCAGGCCUUGGAGGCCUUAUUCAUGAAGCUAGGCAUCUUAGAGAAAGGUGAGACAGACGGGCAGUCAGAAAGGACUAUCCAAGUGCUGGAAGAUAUAAUGAGGGCAUGUGUGAUAGACUUUGGGGGACAUUGGGAUAGGUUUUUGCCCUUGUAUGAGUUCUCCUACAAUAAUAGCUACCACUCCAGUAUUAAAAUGGCACCAUUCGAAGAACUGUAUGGGAGGGGAUGUAGGUCUCCUAAAGGGUGGUUUGAAGCUGAGGAAGUAGAGCCAUUGGGAGUUGACUUAGUGAGGGAUACUCGAGACAAGGAACUUCAGUAUGAAGAAGAGCGAGUUACAAUUCUUGAUCGUAAUGUACGGGAAUUAAGGACUAAGGAUAUCAAUAUGGCUAAAGUGCAAUGGAAACAUCGUUCGGUAGAGGAAGCUACUUGGGAGAUAGAGAAAGACAUGAGACAAGUAUCCUCAACUGUUCGACGAAAUAGGUCAUAUUCAACCAGUAGCAGAGAGACCUCAUCUAGAGGAGUGAUUGUGUUUUCGAAUUCAAGGUAUGUCCAUCCUAUAAUAUCAGCUUCACCUUCUUCUGCUCCUACACCUGAUGCAGCACAAGAUGUGCCUAAGUGGCAUCCUUCGAAAGAUGCUGCUAGGGCUCUUCAGGAGAGUGUAGGAGACUAUAUAUUGAGCCCUAUCACUCUUGGCGGACGAUUCCAAACAGUAUCUGUCAGUUGA